UUUUUUUAUCUCAGUCAUUUUUUUUUCUUUUUCCUUUUUUUAUGCCAAAACUAAAAUCUAAAAAGAAACAUUGUCAACAUUAUUCAUCACCUUAUGAUACAAAUAAUAUUCCUCACUAUAUAUCAAACCAUGCUUAUGCAAACUAUAUCAACCAAGGUAUGUACUGCAAACAACAUGCUGAAAAACUAGCUCAAAAAGAAGAAAGGGCGAAAAGAAGAAAAGAUAUGCAAGAAGCAUGGGAGAAACGAAAAGAAGAAAUGGAAGAAUCAAGUAGAAAAUUGGAAGCAUCAAUGAGAAAAUUGAAUGAAUCAAUGAGAAAAUUGGAAGAAUCAAUGAAAAAAUUGGAAGAAUCAAUCAAAAAAUUGAAACAGGUUUUGGAAAAGUUUUUGGAACAACUAAAAAGACAUAAACGUAUUCGACCAGAAUUAACACCACAAAAGUUGAGAAAAUAUCGGAAACAAUAUAUUUUACAAUGGGAUACAUUCAUACAACAACUCAACAAUAAUAAUACAAUGACAGACCUUCGUGAUAUUCCAUGGCCAACAUUAGGUUCUCCUAUUACAAGAGAUAAUGUCCGUAUCUUUUUGAUUCACCAUACCCCAAAACAAAUUCGACAAGAAAUAUUACGCUAUCAUCCUGACAAAUUUAUUCCAAGAAUAAAAUCUAUCUUCAAAGGUUCGAAAAAAGAUUUGGAUUGGAUACAAAAAAAGGAUAAUGAAGUCUCUUGUUGGUUAAAUGAACUUUGGACUGAACGAAAUGGAUCUCGACCGACCUUUGGAGGAUGUUAGUUAAGUUUUAGUUUUUAUCUUUAGUUUGUGUAUAAAUCUCCCUUGUAACAUCCAAAUAGGUUACAUACAUAUUGUAUAUAUCAUAUUUUUUUUUCUUUUUCGAAUUAAAAAAAAUAAAUAAUAC